AUGGUGGAUGAGAAGAGACUGGAAGACAACGGCACGUCUGCGAGUCACGCGAUCUCCUAUACUAUGCCUACGAUGGAGGAAGCUACGCCACAGCAUCAUGGCGCAGUUCCUAAUGCGCAACGAGAUAUUGAAGAAGAUAUCACUUACACGAAAGAUGUGCACUCCGAGAAGAGAGAACUACCAGAGUCGGGUUCUCUCGAUAGCAGUGGCCAGAAGAAGGAUGAUAAAGACGAGGAGGCAGGUGAAAACGUUCCGUCGCGGUCGUGGCGCCGCUAUCGCCCGUGGUUGAAGCAUGUUGUCUACGCCGUCAUCUGGCUCUUGUUCACCGGCUGGUGGAUUGCCGGUCUCAUCCUCCACCGGUAUGAUCUGGGCUGGUUGAUCCCAUUUUUGCUCUACCUCGCGAUUACAUUGCGCCUCAUCUUUCUCUAUGUUCCCAUCUCGAUUUUAACCAGACCAGUCUACUGGAUAUGGAACAAGACCGCUUCACGAUUCGUCGACAUGAUCCCAGAAAAGCUAAGAAUCCCCAGCGGUGCGCUCUUGACGAUUGCAGUGAUUAUCGUCGGCUCUUUUGCCUCGCCGGAGUCUGCUGACAAUACCCGCGCAAAUCGGGCCGUCAGCCUCUUUGGACUAAUUGUUUUCCUCUUUGUCUUGUGGCUUACCUCAAGAAAUCGGAAGAAGAUUAUCUGGCAUACUGUCAUCGUGGGAAUGCUUGUGCAAUUCAUCAUCGCACUCUUCGUCCUCAGAACCAAGGCGGGAUAUGAUAUCUUUAAUUUCAUUUCCACGUUGGCCAGAGAACUCUUGGAGUUCUCCAGACAAGGUGUGGAUUUCUUGGUGGAAACUGGUUGGGCCGAUAAGCACAGCAGCUGGUUCCUCGUGAGUGUGGUCCCGGCUAUCAUCUUCUUCGUGUCUAUCGUGCAGUUACUCUACUACACUGGAGUUCUCCAGUGGGCAAUUGGCAAGUUUGCCGUAUUCUUCUUCUGGGCAAUGCGCAUCUCGGGAGCUGAAGCUGUGGUGGCAGCUGCAUCUCCUUUUAUCGGACAAGGCGAGUCGGCCAUGCUUAUCAAGCCUUUCGUUCCCUAUCUUACGAUGGCGGAAAUUCACCAAGUCAUGUGCUCUGGAUUCGCUACCAUCGCAGGAUCAGUCCUGGUAUCCUUUAUCGGAAUGGGUUUGAACCCCCAAGCGCUGGUUUCCUCGUGCGUGAUGAGUAUUCCGGCAUCCUUGGCAGCAUCUAAGCUGCGCUGGCCCGAGGAAGAGGAAACGCUGACAGCUGGCCGUAUUGUCGUCCCUGAAGAUGAUAGCCACAAAGCAGCCAACGCCCUUCACGCAUUCUCCAACGGAGCCUGGAUGGGUAUUAAAAUUGCAGGCAUGAUUGCCACUACACUUUUGUGUAUCAUCUCCCUUGUGGGUCUUGUUGACGGCCUGUUGACCUGGUGGGGUCACUACCUGAACAUUUACGAGCCUGAUUUGACCAUUGAGCUCAUUGUUGGCUACAUCUGCUACCCGAUUGCAUUCCUUCUUGGUGUCUCCCGCAACGGUGAUCUCCUGAAGGUCGCUAAACUCAUCGGCACCAAACUUGUUAUGAACGAGUUCAUCGCAUACGAUUACCUACAGAACAAAGAUGAAUUCCAAACCCUGUCACCCCGCUCCCGGCUGAUCGCCACUUAUGCCCUGUGCGGUUUCGCGAACAUCGGUUCUCUCGGAAACCAAAUUGGUGUGCUGGCCCAACUAGCACCCAGCCGAGCUGGUGAUGUGUCUCGUGUUGCCGUCAGCGCCAUGCUCACAGGCGCCAUCAGUACUCUGACGAGUGCGGCCAUCGCGGGUCUUCUAAUCACGAAUGAAGAGCAAUACCUCUCAACAUCCUCAUAA